AGAGUCUAUAGUUAUCGCAUCGAACAAUGACUGUUAUUUGACAUUUGUUAUUGACAAAGAAUAUAGUCUGUUAUAGUGUUAUUGUGUACGUCGGUGUAUAUUAUAUUAUACUCAUCUAUGGUCGGUGUUCAGUAAAUAGUACUCACUGACCAGUCAUUGCUUGACGCUUGUUUGGUGUCUUGUGGCGUUAGUUGUUGUUUUGUACCUACGUUGCUCUGUACCUACUCUGCGGUAGUGUGUGAAUUUUAGACCAACGUUGUUUUAAACUUCGGGCAUUCAUCAUUCAGCACGAAUUACGAUGGAAUUAUUACAUUUGGCACCGGAGACCCAAAACUUUCAUUGUCCAUAUAAUGCAGCGCAUACAAUGCCACAAAAGACAUUAACCAAACAUUUGAAUAGAUGCCCGGAUAAACCACCCCAUUUUAGACAUUGUAUCUACAAUAUAUCACAUGUAAUGCCUGAAACAGAUUUGAAGAAUCAUGAAGAAAAUUGCCCUGAUCGGAUAUUAAUUGACGUAGCCAUUUAUGAAACAGAAGAUAUGGCGCGUCCAGAUUCUAAUGUAGAAAAUGCACCAUUGAUAAAGUAUGAAGAAUCUUGGGAUGGUUUGGAACAAACCUCGGAAAUUUUAAAGACCAUCAAAACAAAAACCGCAUCUAUGAAAGCUACUCAUAACAUAACUAAAUCAGAACGUAAACAACAUCGUAUCAAUUUACACGAAAAUGAUAUUAAUAACGUUGAUGAUAAAGAUGAGAAGAAACAGCAGAAAAAUAAAAUGGAUUCAAAACCAUUAUUCAUUGGAAAGAGACCCAAUACAUAAAAAUAAAAUGUUUUGAACAAUUAAAAAAUAUACUUAAUUAAACUUUUAAAAAAAUUAUUCCGUUAAUUUGACUGAAUAAAGUAAUGAAAUAUUACACAACAGUAUCAGUGGGUUAAUACUUUAAGUUUUUCACAUUUUGAUUGAUUUUAUUGACUGAAUUAAAGUAAUAUAAUAUUACACAACAGCAUUUGUGAAUUAAUAAUUUUAGUUUUACAUAUUUUUGUUGAUUUUAAAUAUAAUAUUUACCAUUUAAUUCUAUAUGUAUUAAAAUUAAGAAUAUAAUAAUUAUUUUACAAACAUUUUUAUGAAUGUUAAACAUCUAGAUAUAUUAUAUAAAUAAAUAAGGUUGUAUUUGAUUACUGUUAAUGGUUUGAAAAGAAAACUAUUUUUAUUAAUGCAA